AUUACAACGAGUGUUUCUAAUCGAUGCGUGUGAACAGUAGUGUAUAGUACUCCCGAGUUAAUCCCAACAUCAGUUCUUAAUCCAGUGGUGGCACGGAUAUGAACAACUGAAAGUGUGUGGCAUUUGUUCGAAUUGUUCACCGACCUCAGCACCCGACCAAUCUCUUGGGAUAUCGACAUUGUCGAACUUGACCACUUGGGACUCUGUGAUUUCUCCUGUUUUUUAUUUUGUGACAGAUAUCUAGCCAUCGAGUUGCUUGUGGUUUUCAAAAUGGCCUCAUUUAGCAUUGCCCAAGAAUUGGCCUCGCACGAAAAGGAUUUCCAAACCCCCCUGGACAGCCUCGAAUUUGCCCAAGCCAUGGAUCGGAUAGACCCUUUGAAAAAGUUUCGUUCUAAGUUUUGUUUCCCAAAACUGAAGAGUCUGCCUGUCAAACAUCAAUCAAGAGGAGUGGUUGAUGGAGAAGCGGAAUGCAUCUACUUUUGUGGCAACUCUCUGGGAUUAAAACCCAAGAUGGCCGACCAGCUUAUGGCCGAGCAACUUCAAAACUGGGCCGACAUGGGAGUGUUCAUGCACUUCGAGGGUCCCUUGGGAGCUGCCUUUUGCGAUCAGCCGGGUAAACCCAUGACAGCCCAAUUGGUGGGUGCCAAGUUUGACCAUGAGGUAGCCUUGAUGAACGGCUUGACCGUGAAUCUCCAUCUCCUCAUGAUGGCCUUCUUUCAACCCACUGAGACAAGACAUCGAAUCUUGAUUGAGGAUCAUGCUUUUCCAUCCGACAGGUAUGCGAUGAGCUCUUUGAUUCGCUCCAAAGGUCUGGACCCUCAGGACUCUCUCAUCCAAAUAAGGCCUCGUGAGGGUGAGCACACACUUCGAACUGAGGAUAUCCUCCAAUUGAUUGAGGAGCAAGGCCAAUCCAUUGCCAUGAUCGUGUUUUCCGGAUUACAAUACUACACUGGACAAAAGUUUGCGAUGAAGGCCAUCACAAAAGCCGGACAAGACCAAGGAUGUGUGGUGGGAUGGGAUUUGGCUCAUGCCAUUGGGAACGUGGAACUGAAACUUCACGAUUGGAACGUGGACUUCGCAUGUUGGUGCACGUACAAGUACUUGAAUUCGGGUGCCGGUGGGAUUGCUGGGGCGUUCCUUCACAAUCGCUACGCUCAAAGUCCGCCCGAGCAUUUACUAGGAUGGUGGAGUAACAAGCAAGAGACUCGUUUUCAAAUGGCGGCGGAGUGUGACAUGGCCAUGGGAGCAGAUUCGUUCCGACUGUGUAACCCUCCACCUUGGUUGGCUUGUCUCAACUACGCCAGCUUGCAGAUAUUUGAAGAGGCUGGAAUGGACCGAAUUCUGGCUAAGCAACGCUUGCUGACGGGAUACUUGGAACAUCUCAUCCAACAGCAUUUCAGUCAAGGCCCCGUUACCGUGACCAUCAUCACACCGAGCAAUCCAGAUCAACGCGGAUCUCAAUUGAGUCUCGUGUUUUCAACCGACGUUAAAGCCGCGCACGAAGAACUGGAGCAACGCGGCAUUGUGUGUGACUUCCGAUCUCCAAGCGCCAUCCGGAUUGCGCCUGCCCCGCUCUAUAAUUCGUUCGAGGACGUUCAUAAGUUCAUCACGAUUAUCAAAGAAGUUAUCGGCCGCAACGUCUAACAUCAUCAGUUCCUUCAAACUCCCAUAUAUUAUGAGAUACCAACUUCAAAUCUUGACUUUUUAUGUGGUUUCUUUUAUACAUGAAAAAUGCGACGAACAUUCAAUACAAAAAAUGACAAAUCAA